AUGGGCGAGAUGGCCAAGGGAGUUGGAAAAGGAGUCGGUGGUGUCCUCCUCAAGCCCCAGGCUGGUCUGUGGGGACUCAUCGGAUAUCCCCUUAAUGGCGUCUCCCGAAGCAUUGAAAAGUCAUACGGCAACAACCGACAGGACUACAUUAUCUUCUCGCGCAUUCGACAGGGUGAUGCGGACCUGGCAGCGGCCUCGGAGGACGAGAAGACGCAGAUUCUUGCCAGAUGGCAAGCUUUGCAGCUAAAGCGCAAACAGGCUAGAGCCAGGAGAGCCAUGCCAUUUCAUUAA